AAACAGCUGUUAAUCGUUUUUUCGAAUUAAUUUCAUCACAAUUGGAAGCGAAAUGCAAGCAACACGCAAAUUUGGUGGCUGUCCCUGGCAACAGGCGAACUAUAAUUACGGCGACGGCAUUAUCGGACUACACGAGGAGAUCGAACAUUUCUAUAGAUAUAUACUGCCGACACCCACUGAGCAUGCCGUGCGCAUCGAGUUGGUGAAACGAAUUGAGAGCAUCAUACACGAGCUCUGGCCGCAAGCGCUGGUGGAGAUCUUUGGCUCCUUUCGCACUGGCCUCUUUCUGCCCAACUCGGACAUUGAUCUCGUCGUGCUGGGUCGUUGGGAGAAGCUGCCAUUGCGCUCCCUCGAAUUGGAGCUCUUGAGGCGUGACAUUGUGAAGGCUGGCACGAUGCAUGUGGUGGACACGGCUUUGGUGCCGAUAAUAAAGUUCACGGACAGUAAAACGCAGAUUAAGCUCGAUGUGUCAUUUAAUAUAUCCGACGGCAUUCAUUCCGCGGAACUGAUCAAAACCUAUUUGCGCGAUUAUCCAGGCCUGGGCAAACUGGUCCUGGUGCUGAAACAGUUCAUGCUGCAGCGCAAGCUCAACGAGGCAUUCAGCGGCGGCAUCUCAUCCUAUUCACUGUUACUCAUGUGCAUCAGCUUUCUGCAAUUGCAUCCGCGUGACAAUUUCCAUGCACAGGCAAAUCUGGGCGUUCUGCUCUUGGAGUUCUUUGAGCUGUACGGUAUACGCUUUAAUUACGCACAAAUUGCUAUUUCCAUAGGAGAUGGCGGCUGCUAUAAGCGAAAGGAAAACACGUUCAUCGACUCCAGGCCAUCGGCCUUGUCCAUCGAUGAUUCGCUGCAGAAUGGCAACGAUGUGGCCCGCUCCAGCUUUGCCAUUGUUAGCGUCAGGCAGGCCUUCCAAUGGGCCUAUCGUGUCCUCAGUCAGGCAGUCAAUCCGCCAGGCGAGUGCCAACUGCGUCACACGGCCACCUCCUCUUCCAUUUUGGGUUGCAUUAUUCAGAUAAACGAUGAACUCGUCGACUAUCGUGCCUGGUUGCACGAGAACUUUGACCAUUUGGUUGUCGUGGAGCCCAUCUCAUCCUUGUACGGCCAGAUCAAUGGAGCCGCGUCAUAUGUAACCUUGGCAUCUGGUGCAGUGGAGCAACGGAUUUAUCAAACACAACCAGAAUCAGUUCCGGCUGCUCAUCAUCUUAGCAACGCCUCUCCUAGGCAGGAGUCGAGCUCCUCCAGCACUGAGGAGCCUACAGCAGCUGUUAUCGUAGUCUCCUCUGAUGAAAUGGAUGUGUGCUCCUGACAUUUGUUUCGGCAUUCGAAAAUAUACUUAUAAGAUGAAAGAGAUUUCUCUAAAGACGAGGAAUCAAAUAAUCGGUGUAAAAACUCAAUUGAAUGAGUUGUUGAAUCUUCUUAUAAAUGAAUGUGGAAUUUAUAUGUUUAUGUAGAAUUUAAAAAAUAGUUUAAUACAGAUAUUAUUCCUUAUAAUAAGUAGUUUAUAGUCUUAUAUCUUGCAUAUAUAUGUUCACGUUGAGAUAAAUUGAUUUAGAUUUGCACAUAAUAUUAGUGAAUAUUGAAGAGGUUAUUAUAUCUGAUAUUCUUUAUUCUUGUCUAAUUCUAAGCAAAAUAAUCUUAUCAGCAAAGAACUGAUCGAUUGGAAACUGAAUUAUAUUCAUAUAUCUGACAA